CCUCAGGAGAAGUUUUUCUUUGAGAAUUACCGGCUCUGCGACGAUAACCAGAGAGGGCCGUUGGUUUUGUCCUCUUCCAAAGACACCAACAUCCUCACGGAAGCCCUCAAAGAUGUGAACAGCAACGUGGAAGACUUUCACCUGGCUUGCUUCGAGGUCUCGGGCAAGGAGAACAUCCACAUGGAAGAAGCUUCCAAGAGCAAAGGUAGCCUCAUCGAAGUGGACCUCUCGGAUUUAAAAGCUGCCGACGAAGAAGUGGAAAGCCAGGGCAGCUCUUCGGAUUUGAUGAACGAAACGGAUCAGAAACCAGGAGUUGGGUUCUUCUUCAAGGACGAACAGAAAGCCGAAGAUGAGUUGGCGAAGAAACGGGCUGCUUUUCUCUUAAAACAGCAGCGCAAGGCCGAAGAGACCCGGCUUCGGAAGCAGCAGCUGGAGGCAGAAGUUGAACAAAAGAGGGACGAAGCUCGACGCAAAGCCGAAGAAGACCGUCUGCGGAAGGAGGAGGAAAAAGCCCGGCGGGAACUCAUCAAGCAAGAGUAUUUGCGGCGAAAGCAGCAGCAGAUUUUGGAAGAGCAGGGUUUGGGCAAGCCCAGGCCUAAAGCGAAGAAGCCGCGGCCCAAGUCGGUCCACCGAGAGGAAUCCUACAGCGAUUCGGGCACCAAGUGUUCCUCUACCCCUGAUAACCUGAGCAGCGCCCAGUCGGGGUCCAGCUUGUCCCUGGCAUCGGCAGCGACAACCGAGCCCGAGAGCAUCCAUUCGGGGGGCACCCCUUCCCAAAGAGUGGAGUCCAUGGAAUCCUUGCCCAUCCUGAGCAGGAACCCAAGCCGAAACAUGGAGCGCGAUUGGGAGAACACGUCGACCGCCUCCUCGAUUGCCUCGGUGGCAGAAUAUACAGGCCCCAAGCUCUUUAAGGAGCCGAGCAGCAAAUCCAACAAGUCCAUCAUUCACAACGCCAUCUCCCACUGCUGCCUUGCUGGAAAAGUGAACGAGCCUCACAAGAAUUCCAUCCUGGAGGAGCUCGAAAAGAGCGAAGCCAACCACUACAUCAUUUUAUUCCGCGAUGCUGGCUGUCAGUUCAGAGCACUUUAUUGCUACUAUCCCGACACCGAAGAGAUCUCCAAGCUGGUCGGAACGGGCCCAAAGAGCAUCACCAAGAAAAUGAUCGACAAGCUGUACAAGUACAGCUCGGACAGAAAGCAGUUCAACCUGAUCCCGGCCAAAACCAUGUCGGUCAGCGUAGACGCUCUGACAAUUCACAACCACUUGUGGCAACCCAAGCGGCCCGCCGUGCCAAAGAAGACCCAGAAUCGCAAAUGACACUCGGCUUUGGCGAGGGACUGGGCUAGAUUUCACCGUCGGGGGUAUCGUAACCGGGCGGAACCAUAAACCC